AUUUGUGACGAAUUUUUCGGCAAACCGGAAGCAACUGUUGUCUGUAGACAACUUGGCACCUGGUUUAACAUACGAUUGGUAGGCUCGUCGUCAGCAUCACAAGGACGGGUUGAAGUGUUGGUGAAUGGUGAAUGGGGCUCUGUAUGUGAAUCAUAUGCUCCAUAG